CCACAGACUAGAAGUCAGACCAGCUUCCUUCUCUACACUAACUUGUAACUUGUAUUGCUAUGGUUAAUGAAUCUUAUUCAUAGAGUUUUGCUUGUAUGUCGUUUUUAAUUGUUUAUUUGUUUUUUUAUUCAGGCGUGUUUAAAUAUCUCCCAGAACAACAUAGUGAGAGAGGAGAGGAAUCACUAUGAAUAGAUCAGCAGCAAGAGGAUUUCUAGCUUUCCUUCUAUCAGUACCAGUGCUUCAGGGUAAUGAUGACUGGAGAGUUACGUACUCAUCUAGUAAUGUCUGUGCUUUAAGAGGAGCAACGGUUGCCAUCAGCUGCACUUAUGAAUACCCUGACAACGUACAGUACCGCCCUAACACAGUCAGAACACUGUGGUUGACAAAAGGAGACACGUAUCAGCCAGUUGAUCUGGAACACGAUACAGACUACAGAGUUCAUGUUGAAUCCAGCUGUGGAGAGGUCAGAUGUACCCGGUCCAGAUGUCAUGGAACAUGUACCCUGAGAAUCAAAGACCUGAGACAGAGUGACUCUGAUGUCUACAGGUUUAGCUUCACAAAAAAACAACCAGAUGGGGAAUAUACUGGUGACCCUGGAGUGACGUUAUCUGUAACAGAUGGUCCUAAACACAUAUCUGUGUUAUCAAGUCCCUCUGGUGGAAUAAAGGAGGGCAGUUCAGUGACUCUGAGCUGCAGCAGUGAUGCCAACCCAGCAGCUGAGUACACCUGGUUCAAGAACAACCAACCUCUGCUCUGGGAACCACCUCAUACCUUCCCCUCAGUCCGCCCUGAAGACAGAGGAACGUACCGCUGUCACGCAGAGAACAAAUACGGACAUCUGAGCUCUAACUCGAUAUUCUUAAAUGUUACAUCUGGUAUUCAUAAGACCCCCUCAGUGACCGUGAGUCCCUCUGGUGAAAUAGAGGAGGGCAGUUCAGUGACUCUGAGCUGCAGCAGUGAUGCCAACCCAGCAGCUGAGUACACCUGGUUUAAGGAACAUGAAGACUCAGUGAAAGAAUUAGGACAGAACUACACCAUCACUAAUAUCACAUCUGAGCUUGGGGGAAACUAUUACUGCCAAUCUGAGGCACACAGUUAA